CCCGCAGACUGCAGCAGUACACCAUAUACAGCAUCGACAAGAUGAGCAACAUGGAGAAGACUCUAUUCCAGCUCAAGUUCACCGCAAAGACAUUGAACAGACAAGCAAAGAAAGCACAGAAAGAUGAAAAUACGGAAAGGAAUAGGCUAAAAAAGGCUCUCCAACAAGGCAACAACGAAGGCGCUCGCAUCUACGCCUCCAACGCCAUUCGGAAGAAAACCGAGGCACUCAACCUUCUGCGUCUCUCUAGUAGAAUUGACGCUGUAGCGAGUCGUGUCGAAACCGCAGUCACGAUGCGGCAAGUCACCGGGAGUAUGACGUCCGUAGUCAGAGGAAUGGAUAAGGCAAUGGACUCAAUGAACCUCGAGCGGAUAUCCAUGGUUAUGGACAAGUUUGAAUCCCAGUUCUCGGAUCUUGACGUGCAGACAUCGUACAUGGAGGAAGCUAUGUCCAACACCACUGCUGUGUCCACUCCACAGGAUCAGAUCGACCAGCUCAUGAGACAGACCGCCGAGGAGGCGAACAUUGAACUUCAACAUGAUCUUGCUUCCAAAGACUUGGCACCCGUCGCUGAUCUGUCUUCCCCGGCGAAGAUUGGAGACGAGGACGCCAGGCUUGCAGAGCGCCUGAGAGCGCUUCGUCCUGCUGCGUGAAGUUCAUGGACAUGGCACGGGGAUCUCGCGUGGAUGUUUAUGCAUAGUUUUGUAUUUCAUUAUUUUCCGCUGUAACAUAAUUAUAUUGAUAGUCGUCAAAUUUAAAUGUGAGGAGCCACAAUAUCAUGCUAUAC